AUGUCGGCCCGCGCUCAUGUCCUGCUGCUGUUCAUCUGUCUCCUCGGCUUUUAUCUGCUCGACGUGGGGACGGCCGAUUGCUACCAGUGCGUGCAAGGACACGAAGGAAUCAUCGAAAUAUUGCUGAAUGACACCAUGAUGGUGGACAAAUUCCUCGAAGGCGUCACCAUCUCACAGGAUUGCACGAUUUUGCAGAGGACCACGAGGAAGUGCCCGUCUCACAGGUGCAUCCAGUACCACGCUGAGCAAGACCACAAGACGCUGUUCCACGCUCGGAAUUGCGCGCCGCGUGGUUGGGAUCGGCGCUGGGAAGUUGACGCUGUGCACUUGAAAGGGGAAGGCGAAGAGGCUGGCAUAGACUUCUGGCUGAGGACCUGCGAGGGGGAUCUGUGCAACGACCUGACAGUGGUCGAGCUAAAGGAGGCCGGCGGCAGCACAAUCACCAUUCUCAUCCCCAUCACUACAGCCAUUAUUGCCAAUAUCCUUACCUUUUUC